AUGUCCAAGCGCAAACUCCCUGCCGCGCCAGAGGCGCCAGAGGCGGGGCGCGCGGCAGGCAAGCAGCGGCUGCAGCUGCCAGAGGAGGAGGAUGUCAACGACGUGCUCCUCCACGAGAUGCUCGGGGAUGGGAGCGAGGCCGCGGACGCGGAGGUCGAUCGGCUGAGCGGCGGCGUGGACUCGAUUGAGGGGGGGAUAGAGGGGCUCGACGCCGAGGACCUGCUCGCCAACCUCGAGGGGCAGCAGUCGGAGCGGGCGUCGGCAGAGAUUCCCGAGCUGCCGCCGGGGGAUGCGCCCUCGAUCCCCGAGCUGCCC